AUGUUGUCACUGAUAUUUCUAAUAAUGGUUGCCUCCACGAUGAGUCAAGUGGCUACACCCCCAAGGAAAGUAGGAUUCUCCUAUAUUCGCGGUCACCCCUUUGCUAAAAUACACUUGGAAGUGUUCCUGGAUCUGCUAUGUCCUGAUAGUCAGGAAGCCUGGCCACAUCUUAAAGACGUGGCCAACUUGUAUGGUCCAGAGAAUGUGGCAUUAACGGUUCAUCUCUUUCCUCUGCCGUACCAUCAAAAUUCCUUCUAUGCCACGCGGGCUGCAUAUGUCGUCCACUAUUUGACCAACGGAACAAAGACCUUCGAUUGGAUUGAUAAAAUCCUGCUAGAAAAGCUGCCCGAACUUGGGGACAAAGUUUUCCACGACAAAUCAGACGCCGAUCUUUUAGA